GAGACUCUUUUUCCACGGAUGUGGACUGCACACCAUUUGCAGUCAAAAUCAUGGAAUGCUUCGUACAAGGUCAUGAAGGAAGUCCAGAGCCGGUCAGAAACGUUGACUAUGAUGUUCCAGAAAAAGGAAAGCUUAAGAUCACUUGGGAUGACAGUGAUUCCGCUGAGACUUAUAAAUAUUACGCUGUUUAUUAUAAAAAGAAGGACGAGGAAGGAGAAUACAAGAUCGAGAAAGUAGUGGCGCGUUCGGUUGAGCUCCAAGUUGAACCGGAUACUGCAUAUGACAUCGGUAUAAUUUCUGCGAACGCUUUUGGCCACAGCCCACUGGUUUUCCUAGAUGUUCCCUCUACAAGUGCUGGCAAAUCUCAUUCGUCCAGUGGCGGCUCAUCAGCCUUCUUCAUCUUCCUGCUUUUAGUAUGCUGUGGCUUGGUUAUCAUAGGCAAAUCUCAUUCGUCCAGUAGCGGCUCAUCAGCCUUCUUCAUCUUCCUGCUGUUAGUAUGCUGUGGCUUGGUUAUCAUAGGAAUAAUUUAUCUUGGACGACGACGUGAUCUUCCAGCUCCAUUUGGAAAACUCGUGCGAAGGCAGCAACCUGCACGAGGAGGUCCAUCGGUGGCCUUUGAGAAUCCGGCCUAUGUGUCCGGCCAUGAAGUCGAGAUCCGAGGACUUGGGGGUGGUGGUCCUGCUAAUGGUGACACCGAGUGGCAAAGUCAAGAUCUACAAGCUUCUGCCGCUCCAGAAGAGUACCGCAAU